UAACUCCUCAUCAUUCCCCUUUGUGUUUUGAAGUACACCAAGAGCUACUCACAUGCAGAAACAAGAAAGCUAUACCUUAGAAAAAGGAGAAGCCACUCAAGAGUUUGAUGAUGAUGGACAAAUUAAAAGAACAGGUACAUGGAUGAGUGCGAGUGCACAUAUAAUAACCGCAGUGGUUGGAUCAGGAGUUUUGUCACUCACAUGGUGUUUAGCGCAGUUGGGUUGGAUUUUCGGGUCAUUUUUGCUAGUAGUGUUUGCAGUCAUCUCUUGGUACACAUGCACCUUACUCACCAACUGCUACAGAUCUCCUCAUCCUGUUACAGGAGCUCGAAACUACAACUACAUGCAAGCUGUCAAAACUAAUCUUGGAGGGCGUCAAUACAUAAUUUGUGCAAUAGCUCAAUAUGGAACUCUCAUUGGUGUAAGCAUCGGAUACACCAUCACUUCAUCAAUCAGUAUGGGGGCAAUUAAAAGGUCGAAUUGUUUUAAAAAAUAUGGUCAUGACAAGGGAUGUCACACAUUGAAUAGUCCUUUUCUUUUAAUCGUUGCGUGUAUAGAACUCGUUUUGAGCCAACUACCUAACUUCCACAAGCUAUCGUUCCUUUCCAUCAUCGCGGCCAUCAUGUCUUUUGUGUAUUCAACCAUUGGCAUGGGGCUCUCCAUUGCCAAAAUAGCAGGAGCUGGCCUUCCUAAAACUAGUAUUGGAAUGCCAACUAGAGAAGAUGUGUCAAGCAAGGAUAAAACAUGGGACAUUUUUUGUGCCAUUGGAGACAUUGCUUUUGCCUAUGGUUUCGCUGAUGUUCUCGUUGAGAUACAGGAUACAUUAAAAUCAAACCCUCCGGAACACAAAGUCAUGAAAACGGCUACCACUGUUGGGAUUUCAGCUUCUACGUUAUUCUACAUGUUGUGUGGGCUACUUGGAUACGCAGCAUUUGGUAACGAUGCACCAGGGAAUUACUUAACUGGGUUUGGUUUCUAUGACCCUUUUUGGCUCGUUGACAUUGCGAAUUUGUGCAUUGCUAUACACCUUCUUGGUGCUUACCAGGUAAUAAUGCAACCAGUUUUUGGGUUCAUAGAGAAUUGGAGUCGUAGAAAGUGGCCAGAAAGACGAUUCAUCAACAAGGAAUACGCCAUUGGCUACUUUAGAAUCAAUCUUUUCAGGUUAACAUGGAGGUCGACAUAUGUUAUACUAGCAACACUAGUAGCAAUGAUGUUUCCAUUUUUUAAUGCUUUUCUUGCUCUAAUCGGUUCAACAACAUUUUGGCCAUUGACAGUAUAUUUCCCUAUAGAAAUGUACAUUGUGCAGGCAAAGAUUCGAAGGAAUUCAUUUCGUUGGAUUUGGUUGAGGGCACUGAGCUUGGUGUGCUUGCUUGUAUCGUGUCUUGCUGCUGCUGCAUCGAUUAGAGGUCUUGUUGGGUCCGUCCAAACCUCCAAGCUCUUUCUAUCAGUGUCGUAGUUCUUAGUUUAUGUGUCUUUUUUAUUUUGUCUAAAAAUAGUGGUAAUUGUUGAACCAAGGCGUCAUUUAUGCUUCGGAUCUUAUGUAUGCAUCAUUUAUACU